UAGAUAAUGUUUCAAGCAAUCGAAGUAGGGGGUACAUGAAUCGGCCCGAGUCGAUAUUUAAACAUAUUUUCCCUGUACUGCACCUAGUUAAGGUUUAUACUUGGGCGUUAAUUGGAAGUUCUAUUGUGGUAUUCGGGACGAGUCAAGUUUUUGGCGCCAUUGCCGGGGAUCCAACGGUUCAUUAUUUUGGAAAGAUUGUUUGGUGUUAAUCUAGCUUUUAAUUUUGUUUUUGUAUGUGAAAAUCUUGUUUAUGCUAGAAGUGUUGUGGUUCUUUUGAGUGUGUGCAGGAAGGUGUAUGACCCAGAGUAAUUCGACACCUUUGGCGCCACUAGACGAGGAUCUCAAACGCACUCUCCGACACUUGGCUCGUGAAAGGGAACUAGCGGAGGCAAGAAGGAGGAUAAAAGAGGAAGUUGUAGUUGAGGAAGGGGUUGAGUUCGAAGAGGAAGGAAGUGAAGCUGAGAUGGCGGCUAAUCAACCCGCUCAAGAAGAAGCGGCCGCGGAGGAGCAACCAAGGACCAUGGGCUAUUACAUGGCUCCAAGGCCGACGGAUAUCCAACCCGCCAUUCGACAUCCACCUGUGGCCGCCAAUAUUUUUUAGAUCAAGCCCGCCCUUAUCACCAUGAUUCAAAAGCAAGGUACUUUGGGCUACCACCCUUGCCCUAUACUAGGUUCAUUAUCCAAAUUGCUAACUAUGUCGGGAUAGGAUGCAUAAGUCUCUUAUGUGGGGAUUUCAAUAACUACUCUCCCUCCUCCUAACACCGUAUCACGUCCCACAAAGACCAAAUGUCACCUCAGUCUAAGUUUACGUGCUAGGGUUACUCUCAUUGUUCCUCUCAAUAGGUUCAACCUAUCAUCCAUACUAGAGCCAUGCUUUGGUCAGAAGACGUGCGAAUUCUCUAGAAUUGUUCUAGGAAGGCAUUCAUAUAGCAAGAGAUCGGUCCCCACAUCUACUAAGGAACCCUAAGAACAUUCAUCUAGUCUUAAUCUGCCAAUUAGCACUACUGAGUCUAACCCUAAAACUCCCACAUAGUGUUAACUCGGUUGUAGGCUAGUAGGGAAGAGUUUGGCGACUUACCCAAGCAUAAUUAAGAAUCAAUAAAGCAUAACUUCACUAAAAUAAACAUAUCCAUUCACAAACCCUAACAUAAUUAACCUCUAGUACCUUAGAGAACUACCCCAUAAAGGAGGGGGGGGGGGGAGUAGACACGUGGAAGAAAAUAGAAGAAGUCUUUAGGUGAAAGAGAUCCCUUCCUUCUUCUCCUCAUCUUUCUCUUCCUCUCCUUCCUUCGGCUUCUCUCUCUAACUUUCUGUUUCUUCAAACCAGAAAUCUUCAAUCAAUUUCAUCUCUCCAAGUAUGAGGGACAAAGGGAGGAACCCCCUAUUUAUAGAUUUUUAGGAUUCGGGCAAGUUCAUGGUCAACGAGGCCAAGUUUGCGGCCUCGAUCUUGGGAAGGAAGAUCGCGAUCUUGAGUCUGCCGUUAUGUGUUAUGAAGUUGGGUAGUUCACGGCCCGAGUUCACAGUCGUAAUCCGUAACUCGCGGCGACGAUCAUUCUCGUGGGCUCUGAUGAAGAAGGCUGCGAGCCGACUAUCAAGACUAGGGAUGGCAAAAAUAUCGAUAACCGUGGAUAUCCGCCCGAAUCCGAUCUAAUUGGGUAGGGUAAAACCUGAAACCGAAGGACUUUUAGUGGGUACGGGUAAAACCCGAACCCAAAUAUUACAGGUAAUGGGUGGCCAUAGUUUUCUCACUAUCCAACCCGAACCCGCCCGAUUAUACACAUGCAUAUGUAUUUUGUCUAGAUAUAAUCAAUAUUUUUCUCUAACAUAUUUUAUAUUUAGCAUAUAAAUAUAAUAUUUUUAUGAAAUUGUGUUGUUUUAAUUAAUUUUCUUCAUUAUAGUGAAUUAUUGUCGUACUUUUCGUCUUACAUAACGUGAGAAUACGUGUGAAUAUUAACAUAUUGGUUAUAGUUAUAAAGAGAAACUAUUACCCAUGGAUAACCGUGAAUACCCGAAACCCAUUAUUAUUUGGAUUUUCUACCUGUUUCUUAUAUGGGUAUGGGUUUGGGUAAAACCCGACUACUUUGGAUAGGGUAACGGAUAUGCACUAUCCAUCUCCGACCCGACCCAUUGCCAUCCCUAAUCAAGACUUUCGACUCCUUCCAUGUUGGCUGCUCCAAAUGUUCACGUCUGGGACCUCCAUCUUCGUGGAUGUGAUCUUUUGCAUGUGGGUUGCAUUCACGGUCCUCGGCUUCAUGCCCUAAGUUCCUGACCGUGAUCUUUCAUCUUGCAAUUGUGAUCUCUGGAUUUCUACUAUUUCUCUACGCUUGUGCACAUUUUUGUACCUAAAAACAUUCAUACCAUCAAAUAUACCCUAAUAUACUAACAUUUUCUCAAAUGAACGAAUAAGGGGUAUAAUUGGCA